AUGACCACCACAGACCGACUGUUCCGGUCGAUUGAAGUGAAGGAAGAAGAGCACCAUGCUCCCAACUGCAUCUCAUCGUGGGGACGGGUGCUGGAUGCGGGCACUGGUGACCACUCGUUGAAAUGGCUAAAGUCGCUGCCGACUGAGGCCAUCGUGGCCGUAACGGGCGACACCAACCGCGCGGUGUCGUUGCGGAAGAAGUUCCCAGAACCUCACAUGAACAUCCUUGCAGGAAACUGGAACGAUCCCUCCUUCCUCGAAGGCCAGGUAUUCGACGUUGUGAUCGCCGACUACCUCGUUGGGGCGAUUGAAGGCCACGCGCCAUACUAUCAGGACCAAAUCUUCCAUCGGCUCUUUCGGCACGUAGCAGACGGCGGACGGCUAUAUAUCGUGGGCUUGCAGCCUAUCACCAUGAGCCUGGACCCGUCCAAGCCCAAAUCCGCACAGGAAGAGUUGGUGUUGGAGAUGCAACGCGUGCGCGAUGCCUGCAUCCUCUUAGCCGGGCAUCGCACGUACCGUGAGUUCCCCGUGGACUGGAUCUUGCGACAGACGGCCCAAGCCGGGUUUCAAGUGCAAUCUCAUACGACAUUCCCCAACAAGUACUCAGCGUCGAUGAUCAAGCGACAAGUGGCGGUGGGGCGCAACAAAUUGCCGCUCAUUUUGGACCAAGGGGUUGCCGACAGCUUGGAGAAGUACCUGGCGACGCUAGACAAGCAAGCAGAGGAUGUGACGAAAGACGGAUCGUUUGAAUUCGGUUACGACUACGUCGUCUCAGCCGUGAAGCCGGCGUUAGGCUAG